GAAAGGAAGCUGACGAGUUUAGACGUGCUGCUCAACUACGUCGAAGGUAUGCAGACGGAUCCUUCGACAGAGAACAAGAUUGUUCCCUACGCCGUCGAGGCAGCUUGGGCCACGCGGAGAUGGGACUCGUUGUCCAAGUACACCAGUCGGUUCCACGGCAGCCCUCUGGAAGACUUCAACGUCAGCGUCGCGAAGCUGUUCAACACGCUGCAGCAAAGGGGCGCCUCCAGCGAUACGUUUCCCCAAUUGCUGCAAAGCAUGAGAGCGAAGAUUGCCUCCGCCAUGACUCACUCAGCGACCUCGUCACUACAGGCCUGCCAUGACUUGAGACUCAGAUGCCAUGUGCUCACCGACCUGGAAAUCAUUGCCGGAGCUCCACCCUCGGAAGGGGAAGCCCACCAAGAAGUGCUGACAAUGCUGAAUCGCCGCCUCGAGGUCCUCGGUGCGUAUGUCAGCGACAAGCAAUAUUUGCUGGGCAUUCGCAGAGCAGCCAUGGAGCUUUCACGUCCCAAGUUCUCUGACCUGGAUAUCUCGUCCCUAUGGCUUUCGAGCGCUCGCCUGGCCAGGAAGGCCAAUUCCACCCACCAGUCAUUCAAUGCCGUGCUCCAUGCCUCUCAACUGGGCGAUGGUGCCGCAGUUAUCGAGAAUGCCCGGCUGCUGUGGAAAGACGGCCAUACCCGCAAGGCCAUCCAGGUUCUGCAGGGUGCUAUCGAGUCCAACAACUUCAUGACGCAAACCAACAGUUCCUCCUCCAUCCGCGGCAUGGAUGCCCAGCAGAGACAGCUGACGGCCAGGGCGCAGUUGAUGCUGGCCAAGUGGCUUGAUGCCGCCGGACAGACGAACCACGCCACUCUGCGUGAAAAGUACCAGCAACCGCCGAAGACGGCGGCGAGCUGGGAAAAGGGACACUACUAUCUGGGGCGGUACUACAAAAAGGUGCUGGAGUCGGAAAAGACGCUGAAGCCGGACGAGCAAAGCGAUCCCUGCAUCCAGGGCGAAUACACCAGGCUCAUCAUCGAAAACUACCUCCGAUCGCUGAACUACGGCACCAAAUACCUCUACCAGACGUUGCCGAGAAUCCUCACGCUGUGGCUCGAGUUCGGAGCCCAGGUCGACAAGGCCCCCGAAGGCAAGAUUUCGCUGUCCCGCGAACUCCAUAGGAGGCGAACGGAGCAGCUGAACCUCCUUCACCAGUUCCUUGACAAGUACAUCAUCCGGCUGCCGGCGUACAUCUUUUACACGGCGCUCCCGCAGAUCGUGGCGAGAAUAGCGCACCACAACGCCGGCGUGUACGAGAGGCUGGUGCACAUAGUCGUCAAGGUUGUGGAGUCCCACCCCCGGCAGGCUCUCUGGAGUCUGUUUGGCAUCAUGACAACGAGGCAAGCGUCAGAGCGCAAGGCACGAGGCCAGCAGAUCCUGCAGACGCUCAGGGGAGCGACCCGGAAGGUAGAUGGGGGCAGUUUCGAUCUCAGAACGCUCCUGAGGAUGGGCGAGAAGCUUGCUGAGCAGUUGUUGCUGGCGUGCAAUAACGGGGAUUUCCAGAGCAACAGGACGACGGUGGCGAGCAUCACGCGGGACCUGAACUUCAACCACAAAUGCACGCCAUGCCCGCUGGUGGUGCCGAUCGAGUCGUGCCUGACGGCCGCGUUGCCGACGUUGACGGACAAUGUCAAGAAGCACAAGGCAUUCGCACGCGACGUCAUCACGAUCGACUCGUUCCUGGACGAAGUGCUGGUGCUCGGGUCGCUGGCCAAGCCGCGACGAUUGACGGCGCGCGGAACAGACGGCAAGAACUACAUGCUCAUGAUCAAGCCGAAGGACGAUCUGCGCACCGACCAGCGGCUGAUGGAGUUUAACAGCAUGAUCAACAGGUCGUUGAAGCGGGACCCCGAGGCCAGCAGGCGUCAGCUGUACAUCAGGACGUACGCGGUGGUGCCGCUGAACGAAGAGUGCGGCAUCAUCGAGUGGGUGGACGGACUCAAGACGCUGCGCGAGAUCCUUCUGGACCAGUAUAAGACGCGCUCGGUGCACCCGGAUUACAACCAGAUCAAGCGGAUGAUGACGGAGGCUGUGACGGGGCCGAACAACAUCAAGAUGUUCACCGAGGGGGUGCUGGGGACGUUCCCGCCAGUGCUACAACACUGGUUCGUGCAGCGUUUCCCGCACCCUUCGACGUGGUUCUCGGCCCGGCUCAAGUACACACGGUCCUGCGCGGUCAUGUCGAUGGUGGGCACGAUCCUGGGACUGGGCGACCGGCACGGGGAGAACGUGCUCCUAGAGCGCGACAACGGUGGCAUCUUCCACGUGGACUUCAACUGCCUCUUCGACAAGGGCCUGACGUUUGCGCAGCCGGAGAAGGUGCCGUUCCGGCUGACGCACAAUAUGGUGGCGGCGAUGGGGAUCUACGGGUACGAAGGGCCGUUCCGGCACUGCAGCGAGCUGACGCUGGGGAUCCUCCGGCAGCAGGAGGAGACGCUGAUGACGAUCCUCGAGGCUUUCAUUUACGACCCGACGCUGGACUUACAAAAGGAGAAGAAGACAAGCCGACGGCAGGACGGGGCGCCGCGGAUGCAGCCGCAGCUCGUGGUGGACAGCAUCAAGCGCAAGGUCAAGGGGUUGAUGGGGCACGACACGAUCCCGCUCGGUGUAGAGGGGCAGGUGGAGGAGCUGAUCAAGCAGGCCGUGGACCCAAGGAACCUCGCGGCCAUGUACAUUGGUUGGUGUCCGUUCUUGUAAGAGAGUGUCUUGGGUUGGUGGAUGUGGGUUGGAACGGAAUAUGAAUGUAUUUUGUCAUGGAAUGGCGUCGUGAGAUGAUGAUGACCACCAAUGAAGGGGGGGUAAAGACUUUACGACGUAGUGCUGGCGUAUUCUACUGUAUGAUAUGUUGAGUGUGCACUCACUCUCCUUUUUGUAUCCAUGGACU